ACAUAAAAAUAUAUCUACUUUACCCCUCUCUCUCUCUCUCUCCCUUCCCAUUUCUGACUUUGAAACCACGCAUCCCUUCCAUCCAUCCCACACCCUAAUUCUCCUCUGAAGCAAAGAUGAUGCAUACGACUCUUCACUGGAGCAACCAAGUUACCCUCCUGUUCGACUCAUGGAACACCAAAUCCUGGCCCACUUACGCCCUCGCCUUGCUCAUCUGCUUCCUCGUCGCCGUAUUCUACCAGCGCCUUGAAGCUAUGCGCCUCCACCUCAAAUCCGCCGCGAAUCCAUCUCCUCCUUCACUGAACACGCCGCUGAUCGUCCCGAAACUCGGCCGGAAUUGGAAGAUCAGGCUUGGGUUAGCGGCGCUGUUCGGAUUAAACUCGGGGAUCGGGUACCUGAUUAUGCUGGCCAUCAUGUCGUACAACGGCGGGGUAUUGUUGGCCGUAGUGUUGGGAUUGACGGUUGGGUACUUUGUAUUUAGGAGUGAGGAUUUUAGCGAGGGCGAGGAUUCUUUCGUCGCUGCUGAAACCAAUAAUUCAUGUGCUUGUUCUUGAUUCUCUCCUCUCCCACACUCUUUUUGCUCCCUUUACUUUUUUUGUCUUUCAAGAUAUCUUCGUAUUGUAAGUUGUAACAUACGGUUUGUAUUUUCAAUUUUAAGUUAUAUGUUUCAUCGUCAA